CUUCCCUUCGCCGGAGGCCCCCUCUCCAUCGCCGUCGUACAGCUCCUCCUCCGCCGCGCCAGCCAUCGGAACAUGUCUGGCUACGUCGGCAUCCUGGUGUCCGAUCCGUGGCUCCAGAACCAGUUCACUCAGGUCGAGCUCCGCAGCUUGAAGACGCACUUCAUGAGCAUGAGGAGGGAGAGCGGGAAGCUCACGCUCGGGGACUUGCCUUCCAAGAUGUCGAGAUUGAAAGUGGUCGGAGAGAGCCUGACCGAGGACGAGAGGGAAGCUUUCAUUCAGGACUUGUAUCAGAACAUGCAGGACGAGGUGGAUUUCGAGCUCUUUCUCAGGGUCUACUCGAAACUGCAAGCACAUGCGACUGACAGAAGGGGUAGUGGCGCAAAAAGUUCAUCUGCGUUCCUGAAGGCCGCUACUACCACGCUGCUCCACACAAUAAGCGAGUCUGAGAAGGCAUCUUAUGUCGCGCAUAUUAAUAAUUACCUCAAGGAAGAUGAAUUCUUGAAGAAGUAUCUGCCUAUAGAACCUUCAACCAAUGAUCUCUUUGAGAUUGCAAAGGAUGGCGUUCUUCUUUGCAAGCUUAUCAAUGUGGCAGUUCCUGGGACAAUAGAUGAGCGCGCCAUCAAUACUAAGAGAUUGCUCAAUCCCUGGGAAAGAAAUGAAAAUCACACACUUUGCCUAAAUUCUGCCAAGGCUAUUGGAUGUACCGUCGUAAAUAUAGGCACUCAAGACUUCAUUGAAGGAAGGCGCCAUCUUGUCCUUGGUGUGAUUUCACAAAUCAUAAAGAUACAAUUAUUGGCUGAUCUCAACUUGAAGAAAACACCUCAGUUGGUGGAGUUGGUCGAAGAUAGUAAGGAUGUGGAAGAGUUGAUGAGUCUACCACCAGAGAAAAUCUUGUUGAGGUGGAUGAAUUUUCAGUUGAAGAAAGCAAAUUACGAGAAAAUAGUAACAAAUUUCUCUUCUGAUGUAAAGGAUGCUGAGGCCUAUGCUCACCUCUUAAAAGUUCUUGCUCCGGAGCACUCUGAUUCGUCUGUAUUCACAGUAAAAAGUCCUCUAGAAAGAGCAAAUUUAGUUCUUCAGCAUGCAGAUAGGAUGGGUUGCAAGAGAUACCUUACUGCAAAAGAUAUUGUUGAAGGUUCUCCGAAUCUCAAUCUCGCUUUUGUUGCACAUAUUUUCCAACAUAGGAAUGGACUGUCAACCCAGACAAAACAGAUUUCUUUUCUUGAAACUUCUCCAGAGGACACCCAAGUAUCUAGAGAAGAAAGAGCAUUUCGCUUUUGGAUAAACAGUUUUGGAAAUUCAACAUACAUUGACAACGUCUUUGAAGAUCUUCGAAAUGGGUGGGUAUUGUUGGAAACACUGGAGAAAGUAUCACCAGGAAUUGUCAACUGGAAGCAUGCAAAUAAGCCCCCAAUAAAAAUGCCAUUCAAGAAAGUAGAAAACUGUAACCAAGUUGUCAAAUUAGGAAAACAGUUGAAGUUUUCCUUGGUUAAUGUUGCUGGCAACGAUAUAGUUCAGGGGAAUAAGAAAUUAAUAUUGGCUUAUUUGUGGCAACUGAUGCGAUACAACAUCCUACAACUUCUAAAGAAUUUGAGAUUUCGUUCUAAUGGGAAGGAGAUCACUGAUGCUGAUAUCCUAGAAUGGGCCAACACCAAAGUGAGGAACACGGGAAGUAAGAGCCGGAUGGAUAGUUUUAAGGAUCGGAGUUUGUCUGAUGGCAUAUUUUUCCUGGAUCUUUUAAGUGCUGUGCAGCCAAGAGCUGUGAACUGGAGUCUGGUUACAAGAGGAGUAACGGAUGAAGAGAAAAAGAUGAAUGCUACCUACAUCAUAAGCAUCGCGAGGAAACUGGGAUGCUCGAUAUUUCUUCUUCCAGAAGAUAUAACUGAGGUGAACCAGAAGAUGAUGUUGACGUUAACUGCAAGUAUCAUGCAUUGGUUCUUGAAUCAACCCGUUGAAGAAAGACCGUCCGCGACUUCCGAUUGCGAGACCGGAAGCCAGCUAGAUACAACCUCGAAUUCAACAAUGGAUGACUCUGGCUCUGAGUCUUCUACCGAGUGCGGGAGCAUUUAACUAUGACCGUUCUACAAAGUUUGUGAGGUUCUGGCUGUUAUGGCUUUCGAUUUGUAUAUGGUUUUCUGUGUUGUUGAUUGCAGAGAUCAGUGUAUUGCAUCUUAGGAUGUGGAGUACAUAGCGUACACCAAAAUUCAAUUUUGUAUAAUCUUAUCUAUACAUGAAGCUUUCCUGUUUAAAUACAUGAUUGUAUAACCUAGAA